AUGAGGAAUCUCCUCCUCGCCGUGCUCCUGGCUUGUGGGCUGCUCCCGGCUGGCACCAGCGUCCUGGAGCUGGAGAGGAUGAUCAGGGUGGCCACGGGCAGGAGUGCCCUGCUGUCCUACAGCUGGUACGGCUGUUUCUGCGGCAUCGGGGGCUCCGGGACCCCCGUGGAUCCCACUGACAGGUGCUGCCAAGCCCACGAUUGCUGCUACAGGAGGCUGAGGGAGGGCAGGUGCAGCCCCCUGCUCACCCCCUACAGCUUCACCUCCUCCAACGGGAGCAUCACCUGCAGUGAUGAGCAGAGCUGGUGCGAGAGAGAGACCUGUGUGUGUGACAGCACCGUGGCCUCGUGCUUCGCCAGCACCCUGCACUCCUACAACAAUUCCUACCGCUUCUACUUCAAACUCAAAUGCCAAGGAAGUAAACUCCAGUGCUGA